UCUUGAGAGAUUGGUUGAGUAUCAAUUCAUAUCUAUGGAGAAAAAUCAAGAAAAGAAAUUUACAAUACUUAUGUUUCCAUGGUUAGCUCAUGGACACAUAAAUCCAUUUCUUGAACUAGCCAAAAGGCUCUCAAAAACAAGAAACUUCAACAUCAACUUAUGCUCCACACCCGUAAAUCUCGAUUCAAUCAAAACGAACAUCGAAAACGAUGAUGGAUCAAUAACACUAGUAAAACUCCACAUGCCAUCUUCACCGCAACUACCCCCACAACUACACACAACAAAAAAUUUGCCCUCGGAUCUUCUCCCAACCCUCAUGCAUGCAUUUCAAGAUUCGAGCUCGAGCUUCUCCGAUAUAAUGGACUCCGUGGAACCGGACCUUCUUAUAUACGAUUUCUUCCAACCGUGGGCCCCGAAGCUCGCUUCAUCGAAAGGUAUACCUUGUGUUUAUUUCUCAACUUCUGGUGCAGCACCUUGUUCUUAUUACCACCAUAUCUAUUCAACGGGAACCGGCUCCACUUUCCCUUACAAGGCUCUAUGUAUACCAGACGAAGAAAUAGUCAAACUGCGUAAUAAAAUUGCUCCGAACAUUAAAGAUGCAAAUAAUAAUAAAGAUUUUGCAUUUGGGAACUUUUCGAUGUCUAGUGAGAUUGUAUUAGUGAAGAGCUGCAGAGAGAUUGAGGAGAAGUACAUUGAUUAUCUUUCAUUUUUGUGCAAGAAGAAGAUAGUUCCAACUGGUCCACUUCAUGCAUGUAAUAAUAGUGAAUGUAAUGAUGAUGAUGAUGAUGAGAUUAUGAAAUGGCUAGGUGGAAAAAGUAGGGGUUCCACUAUAUACAUUUCAUUUGGGAGUGAGAUCUUUUUGUCAAAGGAGCAAAUAGCAGAAAUAGCAAAAGGGCUGCAGCUUUGUUGUGUUAGUUUUAUAUGGGUGGUUAGAUCUCCCGUUGGAGCGAAAGAAACGAGCAUAGAAGACGAAGGGGAAUGGCCGGUGGGGUUUCUUGAAACGGCGAAGGAGAGGGGUAUUUUGGUCAAUAAAUGGGCGCCGCAGGGUAAGAUAUUAAGGCAUCCUAGUAUCGGUGGUUUUGUGAGCCAUUGUGGGUGGAGUUCCGUUAUGGAGAGUUUGUAUUACGGUGUUCCGAUUAUAGCCAUGCCGAUGAGAGCGGAGCAGCCGAUAAAUGCUCAGCUGGUGGUGGAGGGCGGUGUUGGGGUGGAAGUCGACAAAGGUGGUGGCGAAAAUGGAGAUUAUGUGGGGAUAGAAAUGGCGAAAGCCGUAAAUAAAGUGAUUUCGGAGGGCGAUAUCGGUGAUGGGUUAAGGGAGAGAGCUAAGAGAAUGGGUGAGAAGAUGAAGGAGAAGGAAGAUGAAGAGAUGAAUGUAGUGGCAGAGGAGUUGUUGAGGAUUUGUUGCAUGAAGAAAAACAAGAACCAAGAAUGAAUUGAUUUGUAAUUUGUUGAAUGUUUGUUUGCCACUAUUUCAAUGUUUAACCUUAAGAACAAUCAAGAAUUUCAAAUUUGAAAGGUCAAAUGAAGUGGGAUACUUUGCU